AAUACCAGUCAGAGCAUUAGGCAGACUCUAUUACAUCACCAUGAAGGGAAAAGGCCACCUGCUCGUCUGCCUGCCUGUUCUGCUCCUGUGCCUGAAUGCAGGUGAGGGCGCAGAGAUCAUCAACGGUGAGGAAGUGGAGCCCCACUCCCUUCCGUUCAUGUCUCUCCUGGAGAACUCCACGGGAUCUCCGUUCUGUGGGGGCACUCUGAUUGACCUCCAGUGGGUCCUGACUGCAGCACACUGCCAAAAUGCUACGAAGGUACUGCUGGGGGUGCACUCCCGCUCAAAGCCAGAGAAGGAGUCCCGACAGACCCGGAAGGUGGUGCGCAGUGUUCCUCACCCCAAAUAUAAGUCAUGCCAGAAGGGCAACGACCUCAUGCUCCUCAAGCUUGAUAAGAAAUCCAAGAUAACCACGGCUGUUCGGCCCCUCUCGCUGCCCCGUCCCAUUAAAGACAUCCCAGCAGGGACGGUUUGCACUGUAGCAGGAUGGGGGGUUACCAAAAACGGUGGCAAAGUCAUGUCAGAGGUGCUGCUGUCAGCCAACGUCACCGUCAUUGACAGAAAACUGUGCAAUUCCAAGGAGUACUAUAACCAGAAACCCAAGAUCACCGACACUAUGCUGUGUGCGGGGUCCAUGGGAAAGAAACGUACCGACACCUGCCAAGGAGACUCCGGGGGUCCUCUGCUGUGUGAAGGAGCUCUUAGGGGGGUCACCUCAUUUGGGAGAGACUGUGGCAUAAAGAAAAAACCGGGAGUCUAUGCCUCACUCUCCAAGACGCAGUUGGAAUGGAUCCGCAAGACAAUCAAUAAGCCACAGUGACUCCAUCAAAGCUUGCUGUAACCACACUCAAAGCUUGACAUAACUCACUCCAAAGCCUGCUGUGAUUCCAGCCUUCCCUUAUUACGUCUGUGUCCUUCCUGUAAUUACAGCUUUAAAAAAAAGCUGAAUGUUCACACUGUAUCCCUUAAAAUGUUAAAAUGUAAUAAUGUGUAAUUGUCAUAAUAAAUUGAUUGCAAGAUGA